AUGCAUUCAAUGUGGAAAUCUCUUGCUCGAUACAAGAUUUGGUGCGUGGUACUCCAAUGGCAUUGAGUGAUAUUCCCUUGGAGUUAAAAAGUUUCAAAAUAAGGAUGAUGAACACUAUAAGGAAUCUUCUUGGCAUUCCCAUUGCUCCACCUGAUUUGGUCCCCACAACCACUCUACACAAUCCUACAUCUACUAACAUGGAAUCUGUGGAGCGUAUGGUUGAGGAUUCAAUGAGAGUUUCUGCAGUUGAUGCUGAUGGUGUUUCUGUUGAAGGUAUUGUUAAUGCUUUUCCAUCGGAUCUUGUCACUGUUGAUACACACGUCGACGCACCGGGUAAGGGAGAAGUUGCCAAGGAUCCAACAUUGAGCAAUGUCAUCAUUGCGUGUAGCCUUGUGCCUUCAUCCAAAACAGCCCAAGUAGCAUAUGUAAAUUAUACUGUAGAAAAGCUACGACUUAAUGCCAAGGAUGGGAAAAUUAUGGUCAUGGGAGCAACGCUUUGCCUUGUGGGAGCGUUAAGUACUGCAAUGUACACCGGAAAAAUGUUCUACCUAAGGAAUGUGGCCGACAACUCGAAGAAUCUUUUAUUCCAUUUGAUUGAUGGUAUGACGCCGAAUUGGACACGCGGCACUAUAUUUCUAGUCAGCAGUUGCUUGGGAUAUGGUUUUUGGUUCAUUGCACAGUUUAAACUGUACAAGAUAUACCCACACACAUAUUCGGCAAACUUGCUCAUAUGCAUAACCGCCUCCUUUCAAAGCAUGGUAAUCGGUUUAUGCAUUGAUAGAAGAAUGGCGUCCUGGGCUCUCGGAUGGAAUUUGCAACUAAUCACCAUUUUUUACUCUGGCGCAUUAGCAACGGGAGCAACCUUUUGCUUAAUCUCUUGGGCUAUUGCAAAAAAAGGGCCCACUUAUCCUUCAAUGUUCAAUCCAUUAUGUUUGAUCAUGGUGGCAAUCACUGAACUCGUUUUCUUUGGCGCUGGAAUCUCCCUUGGAAGCUUGAUUGGGAUGUCUCUAAUCAUACUGGGAUUGUAUCUUUUCCUAUGGGGAAAGAACAUGGAGAUACAAAGUGAAGAUCACUUGGUAAUAAUAAUGGAUGGCGAAGCUGCUGUCAAGUUGCUAUCAUAACAACGGCUCUAGUUGUGCCUGCUUCAUUAUUUCUUCAUUCCCCUAGUGAUCAUUGUAUUGGUAGUGUGUAACAAGUUACAACUCUGAUAAAUGGAACAUAUUAAG